ACAUUCUUCUCCAUCUUCCACCAUUUUCAUUAGUUUGUUCAUAUAUUACUUGCUUCUUCUUCGUCAUGUCACUCGCUGGCAAACUCAGCAUUGAAAUUGGGGUUCAUGGAAGUGCUGCAAAGUGGUUCAACCUAUUGGCAACGCAACUCCACCAUGUUCAAAACCUUACUGAUCAAGUGCAUGAAACAAAGCUACAUCAUGGUGAAGACUGGCAUCACAAUGAGUCCAUCAAACAAUGGACAAGUACCAUAGAUGGUAAGGCUACAAAAUAUCACGAGAGUAUUGAAUCCACUGAUGAAGACAACAAAACAAUAACCUACAAGAUCUUCGGGGAAGAUUUGGAGCACAAAUUUAAGGUUUUUAAGCUAAUAUUUCAAGCAAUUCAUAAAGAUGAAGGUGGUGUCGUCAUCAAAUGGAUCAUUGAAUAUGAAACUAAAAGUGAGGAAUUUGAUCCUCCUUUUGGCUUCCUCGAAUUCGUGUACAAAGGAAGCAGAGAAGUUGAUGCCAAUCUUAUCAAAGCAUAGCUCCAAAAGUUAUGAAAAAAACAACAAAUAUGAAAUAUCAAAUAAUGGUGUUGGCUGAAAGGAUGAAGGGACUGUAUGUACAAUAAAUUCGUGUGCUGGUACUUUGUUUGUGUGGCAUAAACAUGAAGAUGCAUAUUCAUAAUGCCU